CUCUCUCUCUCUCAAAUUCAACCUGCAUUUUGCAAAUCCAAGAAAAAUCCAAUCUUUACACUUUUUCGGGAUCUGGGUCACCUUAUUUACCCUGAAAAACGAAGAAAGAGAGUACCUUUCACAGUUUCACACGUACAAAAAUUCUAGUUGAAGUCAAAAAAGUGCUUUCAAUCAUUGAAUUUUUAUAGUAAAAUUCUGAGUCUUUGACCCGAGACUUGAAAUGGGUAUCUGAUACCUGAUUUUGGGUCUUCUUAAUUUUUGCUAAAACAUACAGUCACACACUUUUUAGAAGACACACACCCAGUACUUCAAUGAUUGUGUUACAGUCAUCUUGAAAAUUGAAAUGGGUAUCUCUAUCUUGUUUCUAAUUUGAGCAUUCUUCAAAUUUUUAAAUCCUUUUUUUCUUCUAAAAGCUUCACAGUAGGAAGGGGAAUAUAUGGCUUAUUUAGCAGCAGAGCAUGCUCAUGUUCUUUUGAAGGUGGUGUUGAUUUGCUCAUUUUGUAGUUUGUUUUGGUGCGUAGUUGGACCAUAUCUCUUUAAGGAGAAUUCAACUGUUGAUACUUCUUCAUGUCCUCCAUGCCGCGUUUGUGAUUGCUCUUUAGACAAUUUCCACUCCAUAUCUUUAGAUGUUCUCAACAGCUCAUUUUCAGACUGUGAUAAAAAUAAUCCCGAGAUGGAUAAGGAAUUGAAGAAGGAUUUAGUAGAUUUACUGUCAGAGGAGCUAAAUUUACAGAAAGAUGUUGCUAAUGAAAGUAUUGCACACACCAAGGUUUUAAUACUUGAUGCUACAAAAACCUUGUCACACUAUCAAAAGGAGGCAGAAAAGUGCAAUGUUGGAAUGGAAACUUGUGAAGAAGGAAGGGAAAAGGCUGAAAGAGAACUCAUAGAGGAGCGCAAGCUUUCUGCAUUGUGGGAGAAACGAGCUCGUAAACAUGGCUGGAAUGACAGUAGAAAAGUGCAAUGCUGGAAUUGAAACUUGCGAAGAAGGGAAAGGGCUGAAAGAGAACUAAUAGAGGAGCACAAGCUUUCUGCAUUGUGGGAGAAACGAGCUCGUUACCAUGGGUGGAAAGGCAACAGAAUAAUACGUUCAUGAUUUUGGUUAUCGUAUUAUUCUUUCUAAUGUUGAUGUUAGGCUUUUUGAUUGUGACAUAUUAUGUUUAUGGUUAGGCUUUUAAUUUUGAUAUAGCUUGUACACUAAUCCUCAGAGGUCUUCUUGUGAAUAUAGGUACGCUUGACAGAAUUUACUUUU